AUCUCAGUUACUUUAAGAAAAUUAAAUUGCUUAACGUGUCAGAAUUCGGACGAAACAAGCGAGACUGAUUGCAUCGUCGACGCUUAAGUUGAAACUUCAGCAAGCGCUCUAACUAGUUAGUUGCGACUUGAGACGCUGGCAAGCACAACGAAAAAGAGAACGCGGCCCCAAAAUGACGGCUAAUUGGCGUGAAUUGUUUCCCACCAAACUGACCUUUAUCAUAUUUCUGCUGUACAUGUCAUUAUUUAUUGGUCAAGGUAUCUUUGUGACCGCCUCGCAGGAAUCGAACAAUUCCUAUAGUUAUAAUACCGUGACCGUGGUACUGCUCACGGAAGUCUUUAAGCUCAUAGUUUCGACGUGCCUCUAUUGCAGAGAAAACAAUCUACGCUCCUUGGCGCGUGACGUGCACAAGGAUCGCAACGUGCUGGCGCUCUACAUGGUGCCCGCGUUCCUGUACUGUCUGUACAAUAAUUUAGCCUUUGUGAAUCUCGCCACAUUCGAUCCCACCACAUAUUAUUUGCUGCUGCAGCUGCGCGUCGUCGUCACCGGCAUACUCUUUCAAAUCAUAUUCAAAAAGUAUUUGUCACAGCGCCAAUGGAUCUCAUUGAUACUGCUCACACUUGGCUGCAUGCUGAAGCAGGUGGACCUGAACAGCUUCUACAAUGAUGCCAACGAUGAUAGCGAAGCAGCGGCCAUACAGGGCGUAGCCGCUGCAAAUGCCACGCAAGCGAAUGCCAAAGCGCUGGGCAAAAAUAUGACCGGCUUUGAUUUUAGCAUUAGCGCCGUCUUUAUACUGGCCCAGACCAUAUGCUCCUGUCUGGCGGGCGUCUACAACGAGUAUCUGCUUAAGGACAAAGGCGCCGAUGUCAAUAUUUUUGUGCAGAACGUAUUCAUGUACCUGGACUCGAUUGUGUGCAAUGCGGUCAUAUUGCUGCUGCGCGGCGAACUGCUGGACGCAUUCAGUGGCCACAAUCUGGGCAGCAUUAUGCGCUUCAGUGUGCUCAUCAUAAUUGUCAACAAUGCCGCCAUCGGCAUCGUGACCAGCUUCUUCUUAAAGUACAUGAACUCAAUACUCAAGACAUUUGCGAGCGCCUUGGAGCUGCUCUUUACGGCCGUGCUAUGCUACUUUCUCUUCGCCAUACCCAUCUAUUUGAACACAGCACUGGCCAUUGCUGUCGUCUCGUAUGCCAUAUACUUGUAUACACAAAGUCCGGUUGUAAAUCUGGGCAAGGUGCGUCCCUUGGCGAGCAUUAGCGAUGCCACCGCCAAAUUAAACCCUAAGGAAAAGGAAGACAGACGCAAGCUGCUGGAUGAGCAGGGCGACACAGACCUGGAUAUGGAUAUAGUCUAGUAAAAUAGUUCGUAGUCUUCAAAU